AUGCCAUUCCAUUGGGGUCCUGAAGCGGAGGGGGUAUUUGUAAAGAUUAAGAGACUGUUCUCUGCCGCCCCUAUCCUGGUGCACCCCGAUACCACUCGCCAGUUUAUUCUGGAGACUGAUGCAUCCAACACUGGGGUGGGAGCCGUGCUGUCACAAGUCUCUGCCUCUGACAACUGGUUACACCCAUGCGCUUUCUUCUCCAAGAAGCUCUCACCAGCAGAGAGAAAUUAUGACCUGGGAAAUCGAGAACUCCUCGCAGUCAAACUGGCACUAGAGGAGUGGAGGCAUUGGCUGGAGGGAUCCGAGAAGCCUUUCAUCAUCUGGACCGACCAUCAGAACUUGGUAUACCUCCAGAAGACCAAAAGACUGAACUCACGGCAAGCUAGAUGGGCGCUGUUAUCCGGAAGAUUCAACUUCACUCUCACUGACCGCCCGGGUUCUAAGAAUGUCAAGCCAGAUGCCCUGUCCCGACAAUUUGACACCUGUCCUGAGCGUGAGGUACCUGAGAACAUUCUCCCGGGUUCCUGCACUGUCGCUUCCGUAACCUGGAAGAUAGAGGCGGUGAUCCAGAGGGCUCUACAGGAGGAACCUGAUCCCAGGCGCUUCAUCAACGCAUGCACCACCUGCGCCAGAAACAAGGCCUCCCACCAAGCCCUUGCUGGACUACUCCAACCUCUGCCUGUGCCCAGCCGACCCUGGAGCCACAUCGGGGUGGACUUCGUUACUGGACUUCCCCCUUCCGAGGGUAACACCACCAUCCUCACCGUAGUGGACAGAUUCAGAGUGAUUGCGCAGGUGCAACUGGAACCAAAAAAUGCUUCUGUCAUCUGUGGAACAGACGUCAGGUUCAACUGCAGCCUGAGUCAACCUAACUGGGUGGCCAUGACUUGGUCAUUGAAUGACAAUGUCGUGCUGACUAUAUCCGAAAAGUUUGGUGUCCUCAAAAAUAGUGAACGCUUCAAUGCUACAGAUUACACAACUGACCAGAGCUACAAAUGGGAGUUUGUCCUAUAUAACGUGCAACUGAAUGACUCCGGUGAGGUCACCUGCGACCUCCAAAAUAUUGACCGCAAAACAGCCACCUUGUCUGUUCAAGAGAGUGGGACUGUGAACAUCACUAGUGGGAAUGUGACUGCCAUGAAGAAUCAACCAGCCACCAUCCACUGCCUCGCCCAAAACUGGUUCCCAGCACCCCUUCUGACAUGGAAAUUGGAUAGAAUAUCCGUCAACCAGGACAACUACAACAUCAGCACCGAGGCCUCAGCAGGACUGUUCAACUCAGCCAGCACCGUGAUCCUCCUGGCAAAUGACAGCGCACCUGUGGAGUGCCAGGCUACAGUGCCAGCCUUGGCUGUACCACAAACAAGCAACAUCUUCCUGACAAUCAUUGCAGAGUCAUCUGAUCAGGACCACACUGUGUUAAUACCAGUCACUGUGUCGGUUCUGUCUGCCGCAUUGUUGGUGUUGCUCAUCAUUGGAAUCAUUUUCUGCUGCAAAAGAAGAAUGGCAAAAUCCAGCUAUGAGGAGGAAGUAAGGAAAACAAGAUCUCUGAGUGAGAGGAACACAUCUGAAAUUGAGCAGGGGAAGGAUAACAUAGCAUACUUGCCAGAUGACAGUCAACAGGGUGUCACCCCUGGGGAAUUCAACUACAGUGGCUUUGACCAGACAAACGCUUUCCACACUCUUGAGAUGCCUGAUGUUCUUUACAACAGUAACCACACAGCCAAUGGGCAUGACCCCAUCCCUGUCCAUGGAAUACCCGGGAGCAAGAAACACAGACAUGCAACCAUUGUGUAAACAAAUGUUGUACAAACGGG